UCUCUCUUUCUCUCGCUCUCUCUCUGACUCUGCUACCUCCAAUUCUGAGUUUGAGCUUUGUGGGUUUUGACGUUGGAUCCUCAUCCUCGGAUCCGCCAGUUUUGCACGCUUUGCCAACCCAACGAGAAAACAGUUAAGCAAACACUUGUAAGUUGUAACCCAGCUCAAGAUUUGCUGUCAUAUAUUCUCUCUUCGCAUCUGAUCGCCCUCUACAUAUAAAUAAAUACUGAAGAAAGAUGCCUUCCCCUUUGCUACCCAUUUCCAACCCGCCUUCACAUUCCUCAUUGGGACAUCCAGCCCCUUCAGCCAUGCCGUAUGCUGCUUCCACGGCCACAAUGUUAGUCAAGGCAGGAGAGGAUGACCCAACGGCCUGUCUUCUUUUUUCUUCAUCAUUUGAGGAUGAGAAAGCCGUUUCCAUCAAACCCCUUCUCCCCAGGACCUUAAGCUACUCCGGCGCCACUACCACCACCACCACCAGCUCUAGCAGCUACUACCAGCAGCGGCGGCGCCGGAUCGCUAGCGAAAACUCCUUGUCUUCACUCUCCAGUUCCAGUCCUCGCCGCCAGUCAUUUGGCAAUGAUGUCGGGCACGCCGCCGCUGAGACGUUCUUGGUGACCCAAUUGAGUUUGAAGCUCUUAAGAUAUCUUGGGUUAGGUUACAAAUGGAUUACAAGAUUUCUUGCCCUUGGUUGUUACGCCUUGCUACUUAUCCCAGGUUUUCUUCAAGUUGGAUAUUACUAUUUCUUCUCCCGUCAGAUUCGCAGAAGUAUAGUAUAUGGUGAUCAGCCAAGAAAUAGGCUGGAUCUGUAUCUACCCAAAAAUAGUGAUGGACCAAAGCCAGUCAUUGCAAUUAUAACUGGUGGAGCCUGGAUUAUUGGUUACAAAGCAUGGGGUUGUCUUUUAGGGCAACAGUUAUCAGAAAGAGACAUCAUAGUGGCAUGCAUAGAUUACAGGAAUUUCCCUCAGGGAACUAUGAGUGAUAUGGUAAAGGAUGCUUCUCAAGGUAUCUCAUUUGUGUGCAACAAUAUUGCUGAAUAUGGAGGUGAUCCUGAUAGGAUUUUUCUCAUGGGACAGUCAGCUGGUGCACAUCUUGCUGCUUGCACGCUAUUGGAGCAGGCAAUUAAAGAAGCUGGUGAAGGAGAGAACACUUCUUGGAGUGUCUCUCAGAUAAAGACUUAUUUCGGUUUAUCUGGAGGGUACAAUUUGUUUAACCUAAUAGAUCACUUCCAUAAUCGAGGCCUGUACCGUUCAAUCUUUUUAAGCAUAAUGGAAGGGGAACAAUCCCUUCGACGAUUCUCUCCUGAAGUAAUGGUCCAGGACCCGGACAUUAGAAAUGCCAUUUCCCUCUUGCCACCUAUUAUUUUAUUUCAUGGUACUGCAGAUUAUUCCAUACCUUCAGAUGACAGUAAGAAUUUUGCUGAAACUCUUAAAAGUGUUGGGGUAAAAGCUGAAUCAAUUUUGUAUGAAGGAAAGAGUCACACAGAUUUGUUUGUUCAGGAUCCGAUGAGAGGUUGUGGAGAUCAGAUGUUUGAAGAUUUAGUAGCUAAUAUUCAUGCUGGUGACAUGGAGGCCCUCGCCAAAGAUGCAGUGGCUCCUCCAAGAAGGCGCCUUGUACCUGAAUUUAUGUUGCAGUUGGCUCGCAGAGUUAGCCCAUUCUAACCAUUCUUGAUCACUCAAUUAUUAACCUAAACACCCAUAUUUUUGUUGAUUCAGCUCCGCAUACUGUAAAUAUCUCAGUCAUAAUUGUAACCCUUAGCAGCCUAUCUCUCUCUUUCUCUCUGCAUCUGUGCAUUCUUAUGGGAUUUCUUAUUUUUCCCGCGUAAUAGUUAAAGAUUGUAAUGGUAUUUGCUUCAAAUACGGAUGUUUUCAGGACAGAUCUUCCUAUA